AUGUCAUCAUUAGGAUAGCAUAUGGAGCUUUAGUUUAGAGAAUCAAUAAAAGAAUCAUUAUUAAAUGAGUUUUCUAUUUAUAAUUAAGAGGAGUAUCGUAAAGAACUUUCAGAGAUUAUGUUAAAUGAGAAAUAAUUCUAGAAUAAAGCCAAAUUGGCUAUGGAAGAAAGAGAAGAGAAGGAAUAAUAAUAAUCAUAGCUAUACAUUUAGAGAAGAUUCGUUAACUAUAUAGUGAUAGUUUAGAGGAAGUAUAACAGAAAUUAAGUAUAUAAAAUAAUUUAUUCUAGAUAUAUUGUAUUAAUUACCAAUUUUGAGGCCAAAACAAAUAAGAUUAUGGAAACUAUUAAUCAACUUAUUGACUCUAUUUGAAAUCCCUGUUUAUUUUAGCAUUUGGUGAGGGUUUUUAGAAAGUAUGGUUAUAUUUACUUUAAGGAAUUAGAGACAGAAUAUUAGGUUGCAGGAUUGUACUAUUCAAUAUCUCUUUUGCUUAUCAUCGAUAUGGGGUUGGAUUUC